AUGGCCUCGUCUAUUGCCUCGGCCAGACCCAGUCUCGCUGCGCCUGCGGCCGACGACGAUGCCGCCAACGACCCAUUCGUCGUUAGCACGUCGUCAGCUGCUCACUACCGCUUUUCGGCCUUUGACCAUGAGCUUUUUGCUGCUGGGCCCGGUUCCUCCCCACGCCAGGCCAAACGUGCCCUCGAGUCUCAUUUAGCCGAGACGGAGCGCCGACUCGAUGAGGCCGGCAAGCUUGGCACUGCUCUUGUCUCCCAACGUAAAAUGCUGGCCGAGCAAUUGCAGGAAAUCGAGAACCUCCAGGCUCAGGGCGAAUUAGGCCCCGAGCUCCGCCAAAAGCUUGUCGAAAUUGAGCGCGAGUAUAACGACUUGGCCCGUGAGUCUGCUCGCGCCUUUUUACCAAAGAGGAUUCCUUCCAAUGAGAAUGGCGGCACACCAUACGCACCUGAUGGUCGCACCGGCAGGCGUUCCAUCAGCCCUUCUAAAUUCGACGGCCACGCAACAGGCUCCCCCACAAAGCUCACCGUCCCCAAGCGCAGGGCUAGGAAUCAGCAGUCCAACCGCCUACACGACAUUGAGUUUGCCGCCGAAAUCAGCCAAUCCCUCAUAGCCCAGGUCCGAAAUCUUCAAUCGCUCCUUUCUGAACGCGAAGAAGAGGUCAAGACGCUCCAGAGCGACAAGGCCCGACUCGAACUCGAUACCGAGAACCUUAACCAACGUCUCAAGACUCUCGAUGAGAGCGAGCACCGCUACAAGGACGAAAAUUGGAACCUCGAGACGCGCAUGCAGGAAAUGAAUUCUCUCCAAAAAGAAGCCGCCGACAAGGAAAAGAAGCUGACCCAGGCCCUCAGCCUCGCAAACAGAGAAAAGGCGGUCGCUCAAAAGGAAGUCGACGAGAUCAAGGCCUCCCUUGCAAAACUCUCCGAGGAGCACGCUGCUGCCGUGAAAAUACAUGACAUUGAGCUUGGUUCUGCCAAGCGCAACCUGAAUUUGGGCGAAGAUGAGCGUUCGGCUCUUCAGAAAAAGAUUGAUGACCUGCACAGUCAGAACCAAGAGCUUGCCAGUGCCAUCUCCGCGCAUCGUGGUAGAAUGACGGAUCGCGAACCUGGUUCUGGACUCAGCGACGAUGACUUUAACACAGCUGCCGAGCAUGCUACUCCCGAUCACUCGCCGCCGCCCUCCCCCAUCAAGGGCACUCCCAGACAUGCCGUCUUGGAAACGGAGACUCUCAAGUCUUCCCUCGGCCAUGCGCAACGGACCAUACAGAGCCAAAGAAAUCAGAUUCACCGCGAAAAGACCGAGAAGCUCGAACUCCGCCGAAUCAUUCAAGAUUUGCGCGAGGACUUGGAGAAGCAGCGCAGCGAAGCUAGCGGCAACAUACGCGCCAACCGCCGCAGCCGCAAGGUCGAUUCAAAGGAAUACAAAGCCCCCGCCAAACUGCUUGGUAGCAUGCGCUCCGGCAAGCAUGAGAUCUUCCUGGAUGAUCCGGAAUGGGAAGAGAAUGACGGCAGCUCGCCUUCUGGUAGCCCUACUGCGACAAGACAGACCAUACUGCCCUCGAUUGAGCCAAGCGACCAAUUUGAGACUGCCAAUGAGGCUAGUGAAUCUGCCUUCGAGACGGCAAACGAGCGCGCAACUGAGACAGAUGACUUUCAGACCGGUCACGAAGUCAUGUCAGACAGUGAUGGUGAUGAAACAGAGACUGAGUCCAGAGGCUUUGGCAGGAUGAAGCAGACCCCGAAUUUACCUGCUGUUCUUGCUAGAAAUGGCACCCGCGAAUCCUUCCACAGCACUGCUUCGACCUCUGCCGACGAAGCUCCGAAUACCUUGCGUGACGUGCGCACGCCCACCGGCACUGUCUCAUCCACCAGAAGCCGCUUCAGCCUCAGCCGCCUGCCCUGGUCUCGCCGCUCCCGCCAAAACAGCGAGGAGCCCACUAUACAUAGCAGUCCUAUCAGCCAUGCUGGCAGCGCUGGCACGCCACGCGCGCCUGGUCAGAGUCUGUUUUCUGAGCUCCAGGAUUUCGACGGUAGUGAGGAUGAUUCUAUCAAUGGCACUCCCCGCACGCGCACCAUGCGCUCCCUCACACCCGGCUCAAUUCGCCGCACGCUGUCCCCUCCGCCGCCCAUGCCUACACGCGCUGUCAUGGUUGACAAUUCAACCAUGACAGAGCCUGGCUCUAUGCGACCUCAGGCCCUCGAGAACAUUCGUCCAACCUCUUCGGGCUCCGUCAUCAACACGAGCCGAGACUUGCCAGAGUGGCGGUCGAGCUACGAUCCUACAUCCACGGAUGCGUCGCGCCGCACGUCCAAUUUCUCCAACAGCGACAUUGAUGAAAAGAUUGCCCAGUUCCCUGUCCCGCCGAAUGUCGUGGCACCCAAGGAUCUGGCCUUUUCUUACAUCCAGUCUCAGAAUAUAGAGCCCCGCGAACCUAUAGUCGCACCACCGACCUUGAGAAUGUCUACUAUUCUGUCCGAGGAACUCGAGCCCAUUGCCAGCCCUCAAAAAUAUGUGCCUGUCAUGUCCUUGGGCCAGAUUCAGUCACAAGCUGUCGAGCCUGUUGCCAGCCCUCAGAAACCUGUGCCCGUCAUGGCUCUGGGCCGAAUUCAAUCUCAGGCUGUCGAACCCAUUGCCAGUCCCCCAAAACAGGUGCCUGUCAUGUCCUUGGGUCAAAUUCAAUCCCAGGCUGUCGAGCCCAUUGCCAGCCCUCAAAAACAGUUGCCUGUCAUGUCCUUGGGCCAUAUUCAGUCACAAGCUGUCGAGCCUGUUGCCAGCCCUCAGAAACCUGUGCCUGUCAUGGCUCUAGGCCAGAUUCAGUCGCAGGCGGUUGAGCCCAUUGCCAGCCCUCAAAAACAGUUGCCCGUCAUGUCCUUGGGCCAGAUUCAAUCCCAGGCUGUCGAACCUAUUGAACUGCCUACGCCUACCACGCCCAAGGCCGGCGCCCCCGUUGCAAUCCCCGCUCCCAUGCCACAGCUCAGUCUGUCGUCCAUUAACACACAAAACAUUGAGCCAAAGUCCCCACAACGUCCUGCUUUGGGCUUCUCUGUCAUUGCUACCGAGCGAGUAUCGCCAGUGUCUGAGUCAAUGCCUGCUCUCCCUGCCUUUGGCUUCUCUUCAGUCAUGACUGAGCACACGGUGCCGGUCAGCCCUGCGAAAGUGCGUCCACCUACCCUGGCGCUGUCGUCAAUCUCUUCAGAGGCAAUUAUGCCGAGGACCAUUCCCAGGAGCGUUCCCACGCUCACGUUCUCUGCUAUUCAGUAUGUCAAUAUUGAGCCGCAAUCACCAAGAAAUGGAAGGAGAGAUGGCUUCAUCUUCCCGCGUGACCUCGACACUCCUGAAAAGCUUGUGCCCGAGACACCUAACAACAAGAUUUUCGGUGCCCUCUUUGGACGCGGAAAGGGCAAGGACGCUUCACCCGUCAUCGCUGAAGAUGAGACAAGGCAAUCUCCUUCAGAUCUUCCUGAUGCCGAGACUCCAGAGUCUCAGCGGCCAUUCAAAGAAAUUUCGACCAAUGGCUCCACCCGACCACGCAAGUCUGCGUUGCCCAGCACCAGUGACCAGGGUGCUCAGACUGCCCUGACUGGUGGAGCGAUCGAUCGUCUGCAAAAGAGUCACAGAAAGAGCCCAUCAGUUGCUUCAGUCGGCAGCCCUGGAACGUUAGGCACUGUCCGCAUCCACCGUUCGCAGGAAAGCCUGGCAAGUCACGCCAAUCGCGGCAUGGAUCUUGACGAUUCAAUGCAUGAUACUGGCUCUGUCAUUGCUCGUCCGGAAAGCGCAGCCAGUGGAAGACGGUCAGUCUAUGGGUCAGCGCCUCCUCUGCCUGUCAACCAUCGCCAAGCUAUCCAAGCCGCCGGUGCCCAGACACAGAGCAACAUGGGCCCGCCACUGUGGCCUGCUUCUGCUAUGAAGCGUCCCAGCACACCAAGCCAACUAAGGCGAUCAGGAUCGGGGCAGCAUGGCACGCCAACUCCCCGUGCUGCCCGCACUGGCGGCUUUGUCGAAUUUCAGCAAAAGCCUCCAGUCGUUGCUAGGCAGCCUUCGGUGUCAUCCUUCGCUUCCGAUAUUGAUGCGCGUUUCGAUCUGCAAGCUACGGACAUUGACCCUACUGGCUUCGGCCCCAACACGGAUCCUCGCAUGAUCCAGGCCAUCACGCAGACCAUGAUUGGCGAGUACUUGUGGAAGUACACACGCAAGACUGGCCGUGGUGAGCUUUCUGCCAACAGACACCGCCGCUACUUCUGGGUUCACCCCUACACGCGAACUCUGUACUGGGGCGAAAAGGAUCCGUCGAGCGCUGGACGAUCUGAGCUAAAGGCCAAGAGCGUGCCUAUUGAGGCUGUGCGUGUAGUCACGGACGACAACCCAAUGCCCCCGGGCCUGCACCGCAAGAGUCUGGUGAUUAUUGCUCCAGGCCGCACCAUCAAGUUUACCUGCCCUACCGGCCACCGCCACGAAACGUGGUUCAAUGCCCUGUCGUAUUUGCUGGUUCGAACAGAGCCGCAGGCGGCGUAUGAUGCCGAAGAUGUUGCGGGCUCCAUCACACGCGAAGAUGUCGACGAGUUUAAUCCACAAUAUGGCCGCCGGCCUGCGCAGGGCCACCGGCCAGAGCAGCAAUCGGUUUCGUCGUACAAUUCGCGCGCUGUGAAAAACGAGUCUCCCGCUGAAAUGUACUCGUUGGUGGUACCGACGCUGACGCCAACUCCGCACCGCAAUGAUCUUGCCAACAAAGCGUCGAGAAGCACCUUGAGCAAGAUGAGCGGAUACUGGAAACUCUCGACUCUACGGAGCCGCGCAGGCGGUAGCAGCACUGACCUGUACACAACCAAUCAGGUGCAUGACAGCGCCGAGGAUCUGCGCGAAUUGAUCGAGCGGCAGGACCGCGACGCGGACCGUCUGGAGAAUGUGCGAGCGUGCUGUGAUGGUAAGCAUGAUGUGGGCAGCGUUCCUCACUCGUCGAAGCGCCAUCGCCACAGCCAUGGCCAUCCUACGCACUCGGCCAAUACGACGCCCGUGUCGUCUAUGCGAACGCGCGCUUAA